AUGGUUCAGCAGUACCCAUCCAAGCACUCUAGCUUGACAGGUUUAUUCACACCUCCCCCAUCUCCUUACGCAAUGGCUGGCUCCGUUCCUAGGUACACACUCUCUUACGGCUCCGUUAGGGCUCAAUUAACAUACCUGACCAGCUCUACCUCUGGUGCUCUCAGCCAGCAAUCUGGCUCCAACGGCUGCAAAGUGGGAUCUGCAGCCUGCUCGCAUCCAGAACAAUACCACCAGCCCCAGAAGUAUGCGUUCCAGAUCCUAUCUAUCACCACCAAAACUAAAGCUUUGGGCUACCUAGACGUAUACCCCCUUCCCCACCGUCUGGGCCCAAAGGUUGCAGCGUGCGCGCUCCCCGAGUGCCCCGACCCACCUUCCGAGCGGGCAGCCCCGUUUUCAGUUGGCAACUCAAGUACACUAUUCCCCUACCCCCAGUCUCAAACGAGCAAGAGGGGCACGACUCACCAGCGGACCAAGAUCCGGCAAAAGGUUGCAGAAACGAGGAAAAAGAGAAAAAAGGAGGCCAAAAAGAACCCGCAAUGGAAGUCGAAACACAAGAAGGAUCCUGGUAUCCCAAGUACGCUCCCGUUCAAGGAGGAUAUUCUGGCCGAGAUCGAGGCCGGCAGGCGACAGGCAGAGGAGGAGAAACUACGACGAAAGGAGAAUAAGCAGCAACCCCGACCUGAGUCUGCGGGCGCUGUCGAAUCAUCUACACCUGCUGCUGUUGCUGCGAUCACCGCAGACGACGACGCCCCACCUAUCCUCAUCGACUCGAGCCUUCCCACACUUGGUUCGGUACUCGACUCGGCGCAUGUAGUUAUCUACGCACUCGACGGCCGGGAUCCCCAGACGUUCCGCAACGUUCAUCUCGAAAAGGUGAUGGGUGAGAAAGGCAAGCCGGUUAUCGUUGUGUUGACCAAGACGGACCUGGUCCCCCGCGAGAUACUCGCUGGAUGGACUGCGUUCUUCCAAGGCCAAUUUGCUGGUGCACAAAUUGUCCCAUUCCGAGCUUCGGAGGCAUUCAUCUCGAGUGCCGUGUCGACCAAAGGAAAGCAAAAAGCUGCCUUUACCAAGUCAGUAUCCGAAAAGAGCUUGUUCUCCGCUCUGGAGAAACACAAAAGUGCAGAGAAAGAAACCCGGGUUGCGGUUGUGGGUCUAACAAACAGUGGAAAAUCCACAUUGAUCCGUUCACUGAUCGACAUUCCCGUUCAGAUCAACGAGUACACGUUCAUUGAUACACCUGGAUUCGGGGUCAUCCAAUUCAACGCUCAGCCUGGCGGGAAGAAACUAUCACCGGAGCAAGUGGAGAUAUCCAAAGCCAAGGACCUAUUAACCAGGAACCGAGGAUCAUUUGUACACUGGAAGGAAACCGAUGCGGCAGCCGCAUACAUCGUUUCGCGAGCCAAGCAUCAAGAUUUGAUUCUACAUUACGAAGUUCCUGCAUUCCAGCCCGGAGAUGUGAACGCUUUCUUGGGUGGCGUUGCGCGUGCUCGCGGACGGAUACGCAAGCAUGGUGCACUCGAUUUAUCGGAUACUGCACGUUCCGUGGCGCGAGAUUGGAGUUUGGGAACCUUGCCCUAUUAUGCUGUACCCCCUACUACCUCGAGUCCGACGGUCCUAGUCGGAGAUCCGGCCCUGGACGCAUGCCUGAGCUUGAAAGAGUUCCGUGCCGCACCGAGGGCAUGGCCUGUUCAGCUAGACGCGGGUGAACCUGACGAAAGGAGCGUGGAGUUGGAUAUGAGAUAUGCUGUUCAGGGUGUGGAGAGUGUGAAGAGAAGGGGAGAAAAGAUGGACAUUGAUGGCGAGGAAGAUGAGGAAGAUGAGGAUGAGGGUAGUGAUGAAGACAGCGAAGACGAGGACGAAGAAAUGGACAGCGGGGAAGAGGACGAACUUGAAGACGAGUCUGAGGAGGAGGAGGAAGAAGAGCUUCCACCUCCAAAACCCAAAUCCAAAAAAGUCUCAUUUGCUAGCAAACGCGAGCCGCCUACCCCGGCUUCCAAACCCAAGUCCAAGCCGACCUCUGUUCUCAAAUCCAAACCGGCUCCAACGCCACGACGGAUCGGAAAUGCGUCCAACGGCAAAUCCAAAAAGCCGCCGGUUGUGAACGUUGCGGGCGAAGAAAGCUACGACUUUUCUAAAUUUUUCUGA